UGUCUCCGUCUCCUCUGUUUCACGCCAAUGGUGCGUGGUCUCUGUCACGAUCACAAUUCCCUAUACGAAAUCUAAUUUCCACUUUUCGAUAACCUUUCUUUUUCAAACAGCAAAUAUUCCCGUUAAUAAUUUAUUCUGUUUUCUUUUUAAAAUCCAUGGCAUCAGUUUUUUUUCAAUUGUUUGAAUACUAUAUAAAUUAAGCUAAAGCUAGAAUUUUCAGAGUGCGAUCUCUGUUUCUUUCUUUGUUUUAGAUGGCGACCACCCAAGGUCAGGAUCUCCUAAUUUCUGAACUUCGUGAGAAGCACAGAGCAGAAUUGGAAAAUCUUACAUUAACAAAUCAGCCCUUAAGAACUCUGAAACUUUUUGUUCUUGCUAUUACUCAGUGGAUUCAUCAAACAAUUCAAAAUCGAGCUGGUUGGUUCAUGUUUUCAAGCACUUUGGCUGGAAGUACUGGGAUUUUGGUCAUCACCGUUGGUAAACAUCAUGAAAUGAUUCAAGAGCUUUUUCAUUAUGUUCAAUUUGGACUUUGGUGGUUGGCCCUUGGGGUUGCAUCAUCAAUUGGUCUUGGAUCUGGUUUGCACACGUUUGUCUUGUAUUUGGGUCCACACAUCGCCUUUUUUACUAUGAAAGCUGUGCAAUGUGGCCGUGUUGAUUUAAAAACUGCUUUAUAUGACACGAUUCGACUGAACACCGGUCCUUCAUGGCUGAAUAAAAAUUGCUCCGAAUAUGGACCUCCAUUGUUCUCAUCAGCACAUGGUUCUAGAGUUCCACUCAGUAGCAUAUUGCCUCAGGUUCAAUUAGAGGCCAUCUUAUGGGGUAUUGGAACUGCACUAGGGGAGCUCCCUCCAUACUUCAUAUCUAGAGCAGCUCGGAUAUCAGGUAGCAAGUUGGAUAUCAUGUAUGAUUUUGGUUCUUCUCCAAUGGAAGAUGGUAGUAACACAUCCAAUCAUCUGAAACAGAUUAAGAAUUGGCUACUUUCACACUCCCAAUACUUGAACUUCUUCACAAUCUUAGUUCUUGCUUCGGUUCCGAAUCCACUAUUCGACCUUGCUGGUAUCAUGUGUGGGCAAUUUGGUAUUCCAUUUUGGAAAUUCUUUCUAGCAACACUACUGGGAAAGGCAAUUAUUAAAACUCACAUUCAGACGGUUUUUAUCAUCUCAGUUUGCAACUAUCAGCUUCUCGACUUCAUUGAAAACGAGUUCGUUAGAGUGCUCAGCUUCAUUCCCGGACUAGCCACCAUCAUGCCUAACCUUAUUGGGAAACUGCAUACUGUUAGGGACAAAUAUAUGUCACCCUCUCCUCCAGUUCCCGCGAACAUUAAGGUGAACAAGUGGGAUUUAUCGGUUGCUUCGAUUUGGAACACUGUAGUAUGGCUGAUGCUGCUAAACUUCUUCAUUAAAAUCGUAACAGCAGCUAGUCAGAACUUUCUGAAAGAACAACAAGAGAAAGAGUUGGUAGCGUUAUCGAAUGAUUCCUUCGAAUCAAAUCUGUCAACUUCUAAAUCCAUUCAGGCAUUCGAUAUAUAGUUUAAUCGUAGUUCC